AUGGCUCCAGCCAUGAAGAUUGUGUUCGGUCUCUUGACAUUUGUCACUGUCGGAAUGAUCAUCGGUGCCUUGUUGCAAUUGGCUUUUAUAAAUAGAUUGGAAGAUUCUUACGGAACUGGAUUUCCAUCCCUAAGAGGGCUUCGGGGCCAGAACGCUCGUUAUCUUCAAGAUGUUUCCCAGUGGGCAAAUGACAAAGAUGCAGAAAUGUUACGACUUGGCUAUGUCAAGCCUGAAGUAGUCAGUUGGUCCCCUCGUAUUAUUGUGCUUCACAACUUUCUAAGCCCGGAGGAAUGUGAAUACCUUAAAGCAAUUGCACGGCCUCGCCUUCAGGUUUCUACUGUUGUUGAUGUAAAAACCGGAAAGGGAGUUAAAAGUGAUGUGAGAACAAGCUCUGGAAUGUUUUUAACUCAUGUAGAAAGAAGUUAUCCAAUAAUACAGGCAAUUGAAAAGCGAAUUGCAGUAUUUUCUCAAGUACCAGCUGAAAAUGGAGAACUCAUUCAAGUCCUAAGAUACGAGCCAAAUCAGUUUUACAGACCGCAUCACGAUUACUUUGCUGACUCUUUCAACUUAAAGCGUGGUGGUCAGCGCGUAGCAACUAUGCUGAUGUAUUUAACAGAUGACGUCGAAGGAGGAGAAACUUAUUUCCCUUUGGCCGGUGAUAGUGAAUGCACUUGUGGUGGCAAAAUCAUGAAAGGCAUCUCUGUUAAACCCACCAAAGGAGACGCAGUUCUCUUCUGGAGCAUGGGACUCGACGGACAGUCAGAUCCGAGAAGCAUUCAUGGAGGAUGUGAAGUUCUGUCUGGAGAGAAAUGGUCAGCUACUAAAUGGAUGAGGCAAAAAGCUACUUCUUGA